UGUCGUAGACUUGUAGUAGUAGACAAUUUAAUUACUCCAGUAGUUGGGAAUUUCGAGUUUAUCAGACAAAACAUCAAACACCUGGUGUUCGACACAGCUCUGGGGAAUGAUUUUGCCAGUUUUCAAGCUCGGGACGCUUGCGCUGAAAACUCUCUGCAAACCCAUCGGGAAUCGCAUCAAGAAAGAGGCCGGCUUGCACCCCAGAUUCCGCCAAUCCAUCAUCAACAUCGCCCAGGCUAACCAUCGCCUCACCACGAAUUUGCAAAGGCGUAUAUAUGGGCGUGCGACAGAUGUUGCCAUUCGCCCUCUAGAUGAAGAAAAAGCCGUCCAGGCUGCUGCGGACCUUGUGGGCGAGUUUUUUGUGUUCACGGUUGCAGGCGUUGCUCUAGUUUUCGAGGUGCAACGAAGCUCCAGGUCAGAAGCCAGAAAAGAGGAAGCGCGCAAGCAAGAAUUAGAGCUUCUGAGGCAAAAAGACGAAGAACUAGCCAGAGAAGUCGAGCAGCUCAAGCGUAGAAUAUCAGAGGUCGAGCAACUUGCAAAAGAACGAGGCCUGAGUGGCGUUUUCAAAUCAAGGGUGGCAAAAGAAACUGAUAACAAACCAAAAGAUGCUCAACCAUCUUAAGAUCUGAGUCUACAUACAAUGCCAUUGAUCUGCUUUCUGCUCUGCCUUUUGUGUCUAAUGUAUAUCCUUCGCGAUUUAGCAGAUCAUCGGGAGACUGCAAAAUCGCGUGUCUAAAAGCUGACCAGGUCAAGGCAUCGUGUCGUGUAAAGAAUUCUGUGCACUAACAACUGUGACUGGACCCGUGAUUUAAGGCGGUCUGGUUCCGUUUCAAAAUUUUAAAACCGUGAACCGUGGCGACAUUUACAAUUACUGAUGUAUUAUCAAUAAUCUAUACGAAAACACAAUUUAUAUGCA